GGCUACUAAUUUUGUACGUUAAGGCGCCAUCAACGAGUUCACUCCCUGCCACCCCCGAUGAGCUGCGGCCACUACGAGCGAGGAUGCCACCUCUUGGCGAAUUGCUGUGGGGAAUGGUUUCCGUGCCGCGUCUGCCACGACGAGGACAAAGAGCACAAGAUGGAUCGGCAUGCCGUGACGAGAGUUCGCUGCCGCAAGUGUCGCUGCGAACAACAGCCUCAACAAACGUGCGAAAAGUGCAAGCAUGUCCUGGGCCAGUACUUUUGCCGUGUGUGCAACUUGUUCGACCAUCAAGGCUUGGAGAAAGGCAUUUUCCACUGCGACCAAUGCGGCAUCUGCAGAGUCGGUGGCCGCGCCAACUACUUUCACUGCGACAGGUGUGUCGGAUGCUUCCCCAUCAGCACUCAAUCAAGCCACAAGUGCGUAAGCGAAGCCAUGCUCAAGGAAUGCUGCAUUUGCUUGGAGGACAUGUUCAACUCGCGAGAAAGCCCUUCGAUCCUCGGGUGCGGCCAUCUCCUUCACACGGCGUGCUUCAAACGGAUGGCACGCUUCGCCCACAAGUACCUCGACCGGGUUAGAAUGUCAUGGAGGUCUCACGCGGUGCAGGUUUGAAUGCCCACUGUGUCGCAGCUCCUUGCUGUCCGAUGCUUCGGACAAUGGCAACCACGAUAGCGAUCAUGAUGCAGACGGCGUCGAAAGCACCGACAGCGACGAUGACGAGAUCGUCCACGAUGACUUGGAAAGCAUUCAAAGCGACUCCGACACCGUUGACAGCAACGACAUCGUCGCCGACGUCAGCCGCGACUAGGUCGCUGUGAGGACACCCAUACCCAGACGCGGUGCCAAGCAACUCGUUCUGAGUACUCGAUGGUGUCUCCGUCCGCAUCCAUGUGCGUUCUUGACUCUUCAGUGAAAUCUGUACAUUAACCAAGCUCUUUCUACAUUGCUUUGGUUCGACUCGGCUUGGUCCUCCAUCAUGCUCACUGAAUCCACGCCGCGACGCCGUCGGCGUGUUGAGAGGCUGCGAGGCCGCUCGGCGAAGUCGUCGGAUGGUCAAUAAAUACAAUCUCCUGACUCGUCCCGCCAAAGUUAAAGUUGUCUUGGUGGCCGUCCCCGAACGAGUCCAUUUGGUCCAAGUUGGCCGCGUACGUGCUGGCGAUUUCCAAGUCCGACUUGAGUUGCUCCAUCCCGUUUGCGAGCAACUCCCACAAGUUGGGGGUAUUCGGGUUCAGCACCAACGCCAUGUCGUCGGCGGGAAGCUUGACGUACUGCGACAAGUCUCGCGCCAACCGGUGGGCGCGGGCGCUCAGCACGUUGUUCUGGACCUGGAGUUCCGAGAUCUGGCCAUUGAGGCUCGAAAUUUCCUCGAGCAGUUCCUCCGUUUCCCCUUCGAACUUGUUGUUGUGCGAAUGCAUUUGCUCUUGUAGUUCUCGGAUGUGAUCUUCCAAGUUUUGCGACGCCAUCUCGGCCGACGCAUGGACGUUGCCGAGCAUCGUCUUGGUUUGCGCCAGUUCCUGACGCAGCUCGUCCUUGGCGCGUUCAAACUCGGCAGCCUGCGCUUCCAAUUGCGCCGUCAACGCCGCGACCUGCGCAUCUCUCGCCUCAAUUUGCGUCGCCGUUGUCUGCACUUGUUGCAACAUGGAGUCGUGCGCGGCCUUCAGCUGCGCGAGCGCAUUCUUCUCGGCAGCGACCGCUGCCUGGAGCGCACUGUUCUCUGCUGCAAGGUGCUCAAUGCGAGCGUGAGCAGACGCGAGCGACGAUUCCAGCUCGAUGCGCUGGGACUGCACGAUAUCCAACAUGUCUUGCGAGUCUUUCCACGCCUUUUCAAGCCCCGCUUGCUUCUCAUGGGCGUGAUGGGUCGCGGCCGCGAGCUCGUCCUUCACUUGCUGCAGCGCCGACGUCAACUCGCCCAACGAGCUGUUGGCAUGGUCGAGUUGUUGCGUCAAUGUAUCGACA